AUGGCACUUGGGCAAUUAGAGGCUGUAGAACAACUGCGGCAAGAGCUCAACGGCGGGCAAGAACUCAGCGCCAGGCUCUGGGAGUUGAUCAGCCACCCCCUCGAUAGCGGUGGCCGGGAAGCGGCUUUGGAGAUGAUCAAACAGAUCUCUCGGGUGUUCAUGGUGUCUCUGUUCAUGCUGAAGCCUGGCGACAGCAGUAGAGUAGGGGAAGCCAGGAUGGUCGCGCCCGAGGUAACGACGGAGAGGAGCAUCCGUCGCCGUUCUCUGACAAAAGAUAAACGCAUCUGGUACUACUACAAAUGCAUGUUUAGCCAUCAGCGUGGUUGCAGGGCGAAGAAGCGAGUGCGGCAACAGGACAGCAGCGCCGGCGAGGGCCGUCCAAUUUUUCAGGUCACCUACGUGAACGAACACACGUGCCAAGGUGUUCCGCUUCGACACGAAAACACCAUCACUGCGACGAAUAACCCGACAAGGAACGCCGGUUACGCCGGCAGCUUUGCUCCUCCGAACCACGGAGCCGGAUUCGGCAACGACGCGUUGGUCUCGUGCCUCGCCAUGGUCCUGGGCGGAGCUUCAGCUCCUAAUUCGUCGUCGUCCUCCUCCUCCUUCCUGCCGCCGUGCGUCCAAGCGAGCAUGAGUGAUCCGGCGGCGGCGUACGUGCCGGACGGCGGGCAUUCUUACCCGAGCCUGCAGCUGGAGUACUUCAGCAUGGGCCUGGAUGACGAGAUGGCGACGGAGACAAAGGAGACGUCCUUCUUCUCGUGCGGCUCGCCAUUUCCAUUUACUCCCAUUGCUGAGGAGGCCUCAGGCUCAGCUCCAGUUCCAUCGUUGUUGCCGUCGCCGCCCGUGGAAGCGAUCUCGAGUGAUCCGGCGGCCGGUGGAGAAUAUUGGGCGAGCCUGGACCAGAUGACGGAGAUGAAUUUCUCGUGCGGUACGCUAUUUCCUCCCGUGGAGGAAGCACGUUCCAUGGGCUACUCCGAUGGGAUGUCGCGCGGUUCGUGGACACAGAUCCACCAGGAGCAGCCUGAGUACUUCCCCUCCGAGCUGCCGCCGGCGGCGUCCUCGUCGUCAUUCUCGUCAGUGGCGUGGCCGUCUUUUGACGUCAACGAACGAUGGGGGUGA